GGAAGUUACUUAUGUUGUCACACGCUCAGUGGUUGGAAUCAGGAAGUGAAAUUGUAAUGUACUGUUUUGUUUUUGCCCGUCGCUGUUUAACUAACUAACUUUGAGGUUUAAAAUGGGGCUUUUUGGAAAGACACAAGAGAAACCACCAAAGGACCUUAUCAAUGAAUGGUCUUUAAAAAUCAGGAAAGAAAUGAGGGUUAUUGACAGACAAAUCCGAGAUAUUCAAAGAGAGGAGGAGAAGGUGAAGAGAUCCAUCAAGGAUGCUGCUAGGAAGGGGCAGAGGGAUGUUUGCAUAAUUCUCGCCAAAGAGAUGAUUCAUUCAAAGAAGGCUGUUAACAAAUUGUACGCUUCCAAAGCCCAAAUGAACUCUGUGCUUCUCAAUAUGAAGAAUCAGUUAGCUGUAUUAAGAAUAGCUGGUGCUAUGCAGAAGAGCACAGAGGUCAUGAAGGCCAUGCAAAGCCUGGUUAAAAUCCCAGAGAUUCAAGCCACCAUGAGAGAGCUAUCAAAAGAAAUGACGAAGGCUGGUAUCAUAGAGGAGAUGCUGGAAGACACACUGGAGGGUAUGGACGAUGAGGAGGAGAUGGAGGAAGCAGCAGAAGCUGAGGUUGACAAGAUCCUAUAUGAGAUUACAGCCGGUGCUCUUGGAAAAGCUCCCAGCAAAGUUACAGAUGCUCUACCAGAGCCAGCUGGGGCCACAGCAGCUUCAGAAGAAGAAGAGGAGGAAGAAGAAGAUAUCGAGGAGAUGCAGUCUAGGCUAGCUGCCCUGAGAAGCUAGAAUACCUUGAGCUCUGCGGGCAUAGACAACAACACCAUUUCUUAUGUCUUCUAUACCUUUUUCUUACCCAUCAGGACAUUUAGCACUUUGGUAUGGUCAAUAUGGGGGUGUAUUCAAACAGCACAUAAGUCAAACAGAAACAUAUUGGAGUCGAUAUGAAAUAGAAAGUUACCCUUGAUUGACUGUAGAAUUAAUAAAAUAAAUUGAUUAUAUUAUAUAAAGAUGGACUGCAAUGUCAGAAUACAGAAAUGUAGCAAGUGAAAGGAUAUUUCAGCUUGUUGACUUUUCAAAACCAUUUCACUACUAUUAAAGGCCAUUUUGUUUAAAGCUAUGCCUAUAGCUUA